CAUCCAGAAAUCAUUCUCGAGUUGUAACUUGAAGAACUUCAACAAUGGCAGCUAAAGCUUUCCUCGUUGUGUGCGCUUCUGCGCUUUUCGUUCAGGCCACCUCUGCCAAGUGUCUACGUGAGCGUGCUCACAUUAUCCCAGCUCCCAUCUGCGACGUGGCCUACUACGACCAAAUUAUCGCAUCUAACAUGGCAUCUGCUAGCGGCGGCGGCCUCGGUGUGGCUACCUCCUCCCUCUACGCACCUAACGGUCUUUCCGUGUUGUCCGAAAACGACAUUUCAGGCAUGCUUGAUGCAUCCGGCCACCUCCCCGUGUUAGCCGCCGUCGCUCUGGAGGGUACUUUGCCAACCAGCGGUUUAGCUGGAACCACCUACAGCUGUGGAAGUGAUCUGGUGGGUAUCGAUAGCGUAAGCCUUGCUGCUGCUGGCAUUGACGCUGUGGACUACCGCGGCGGCUAUAACUCCGCUUUCGCCGCCAAUGCUGCUGCCGCUGCCAAUGCCGUUGCCGCCGCCGCUGCAGCCGACGCUGCAGCC